UUGAAUAUGUGAUUUUGUUUGAUUCACAUUAUUAUAUUGAUCCUUCCAGAAAAGGAACCGUUGCCAGAUUCAUAAACCACUCCUGUGAGCCAAACUGCAAAAUCAAAAAAUGGACUGUCUUGGGUGAGACGAGAGUUGGUAUCUUUGCCGAUGAGGAUAUUGAGGUCGGAACGGAACUCACAUAUGACUACUGGUUUGGAUUGUAUCGCACAACGGAUAUCCAGUGUUUGUGUGGAGUAGCUAGUUGUAGGUUAUAUCUUGGUGCGAAAUCUCCUUGUUUGCAGAGCAAGUACAGCGUAGAUGAGGUUUCUGCUCCGGAAAGUGGGACAACGAUGCAAACACGGCACCAAAAUCUCUUCCCCACUAGUGCACCAACAAGCCACUCAGAUAGCACAGUUGAAUUCAGUAGAGAGCAUAUCGACGCAUUACUCAAUGAGAAGUUGAGAGUUAAGGAUACGCAUUGCUUUAUGGAAAAAGUUGUAGUAGUGGAGGAAUACGUAAAAAAUCUUAAGCAAUGUAUUAAGUGGUUUCAACAGCGUGAAGGAAAUCUUGUUUCAGAGCAGGAGAAAACCAAGAAUUUGUUAGACGUGCAGGAAAAGACAUGCAAUGAUAUGGGUAAAAAGUUGGAGGCACUGCAAGAAAAGUUUGCAAAGGAGGAAGUGGAUGAAUUGAAUACACAAGGUGAGAUGAUCCAGCAGAUUGAAAGCGAUCUAUUACAUGUACGAGCUGACCGCGACAGGCACAUUUUACAAGUCAAGACUUUGUCAGCUGAAGUAGAAAAAUACAAGGAAAUGAUUGGAACAAAUGAACGGGAGCUUGCUUUGGCAGAACAUAAAUUAAAGCUGUCCGAUAUAUCAGUAACGACAACAAGAUCUGAAUUUGAGGAGCAAAAUGCAAUGAUUCUUGAGUUAAAGAAUCGUCUAAGGGAUGCAGAUUCUAAAAUUGUAGAAGGAGAGAAGCUUUGCAAAAAAUUACAUAACACCAUCAUGGAGUUGAAAGGCAAUAUCCGUGUAUUUUGUAGAGUGAGACCGUUGUUGUCUGAUGAUGGAGAUGGAAAUGAUGCUAAAGUUGUUUCAUUUCCAACAUCAAUGGGAAGGCUGGGCCGAGGAAUUGAUGUCACAAAAAAUGGACAAAAGCACCCUUUCACUUACGACAAAGUGUUUAAGCCCGAUGACUCUCAAGAAGAUGUAUUUGUGGAGAUCUCACAGCUUGUUCAGAGUGCUCUGGAUGGCCACAAGGUUUGUGUCUUCGCGUAUGGACAAACAGGGUCUGGUAAGACAUUUACAAUGAUGGGCAAGCCAGAACCACCAGAUCAGAAAGGCUUGAUUCCUCGAUCUGUGGAGAUGAUAUUUGAGUCGAAGCAAAUUCUUGAAAGCCAAAAAUGGAAGUACAAAAUGCAGGUGUGGACUGAAUGUCGUUUUUUUUUCUUUCUUUUCAAAAUCAGUAAUUGUUAUGUUUUUUUUCUUUACAGAUCUCGAUGUUUGAAAUUUACAACGAAACAAUACGAGACCUUUUAAAACCAUCUCAAACAUCAGAAAGUGCCCUAAAAAGCAAACAUUUCAUCAAGCACGACUCGAAUGGCAACAUUUACGUAUAUGAUCUUACGUUUUCGAUGUCUGUAGUAGUAGAGUGAAAACAAAAUGACUUCUUGAUGAUAGUUCAUUCAUUUUGGUUUUGCCUACGGACCUAAAAGAAACGAACGUGAUUAUUUUUAGUGUGUUUAAAUACAAAAGAUCGAAAAUUUAGACGCUAUA